AAAGAGUGACUUACGCCAACAUGUCAGAUAAGCACCCUGCUGUCCAGGGCAGACUGACAGAAGCACAUGCCCCUCACCUCGCUAUAUUUGUAUUCCCCAGCUACACCUCUCCAAGAAUGGAAGUCAGGGUGGGGGAAGCAUCUAAAAUUAGCAGCAUCACAGAACAGGCCGCUCUGCUCUCCUCGACUCCCGUCAGUCUACACAGCCCUCGGCCACAGGCUCUUUCACGCUGUGGUUUUUCAGAUGUGAGGGUCAACUUAUAAUGGACUAAGCUCCGCAGCACUGACCAGCGGCUGAAAUCGGUGGCUUGUGGGUAAGAAGGCUUUGCUAUGAUCCUUACCAGAUUUGUCUUGGUCUACCUGAUGGAGAUGCUCGUUUUAAUUACAAGUGUGUGAAACAUGGUGCACAGCAGCCUGGGCAGCAUGAGUUUAGUGGAUAUCUCCAAGAUCUUUUCUAUGCUCCAACCAAAGGAGGACGAGGAAGACAAUGGUGAGCGGCAGGCCAUCAACCAGGCGGUUUCCAGUGAUGAUGACCAGUUGCUUCUGAAACUCUUGUCACAGGAGCAUUACAGAAAGUUCAUCAACAGCAGGAGUGGCUGGGGUAUCCCUGGGACCCCCCUGCGCAUGGCUGCCUCUAGGGGUCACCUGAGGUGCGUGGAGGUCCUCCUAGCUCAUGGCGCUGAGGUGGACAGCUUAGACGUGAAGGCCCAAACGCCUUUGUUUACGGCGGUCAGCGGGAAGCACUUGGACUGUGUCCAAGCAUUACUGAGAGCAGGAGCGGACCCCAAUGGCAGCAUCUACAAUAAUUGUUCCCCUGUACUCACAGCAUCCAGGGAAGGGGACGUGGAGAUCCUGAGGGAGCUUUUGGAGCAUACUGCGGAGGUAAACGUAAGAGCUAAAGUUCCUGACUGGGCUUCAAAAGCCUCUGCCUGCACUGGCCCUUUGUACCUGUCCGCGGUCUAUGGGCACCUGGACUGCUUUAAACUGCUACUACUUUACGGAGCUGAUCCAGACUUCAACUGCACUGAACAGAGGCUUCUUGCCAAGAUCAAGCAGCCCAAGACUGUCCUAGAGAUGUGCCUCAGACAUGGCUGUGGAGCCGAGUACAUCCAGCUCCUGAUAGACUUUGGAGCAAACGUCUACCUCCCCACGCUUAUUAUUGACAAGACCACUAAGCAGAAUGAGGCAGUGGAGCUUCUCAUAAAGGAAAGAGUUAUUCCAAAAUCUCUGAUGUCCCAGUGCCGGCUUGUCAUUCGCCAUUACUUAAGAAUGGCCAACAGAAUUCAUUCCAUUGAGGACCUGGAUAUCCCAUCUGCUUUGAAGAGCUUCUUGAAGCACAGAAUCUGAUGGGCUGUUCUCAGUGAUUGGGGUGCAGUGCAGUGUUGUGACCCUUAAAACAGUUCUCAAGUAUUUACGAUAAAUAGCACAAACUGCCCUUUGGGUUCUCUUAAAACUGAGAGACCAUUUCUCCAUGUUGAGUUCACACAGCAGGGCUACCACCAGGCUCAGGUUUACAGGGCUCAAUUGCUCCAACCAUGGGAUGGAAUGAAAACUUGCAGCCUGUGUCUAUCUGACAAUCAGACUUUUCAAAUCUUGCCUUUUGCUUAAUUUGAAUGUACAGUGGUGUGAAAAACUAUUUGCCCCCUUCCUGAUUUCUUAUUCUUUUGCAUGUUUG